CAAUCAUCAUGUCGAAGGGAUCGGUAUUGCCGCAAUAUAUUGCCGGCUUGUCGGCCAGCUUCGGAGCCCUUUGCAUGGGCGCCUCCAUCGGUUGGUCCUCGCCGGUUGAGAAAAUGCUAACGGUGGAUGGGGACUACGGAUUUCCCAUCAGCUCGAGUCAGUUCGGCUGGGUAUCCUCGCUCCUGACUUUGGGCGCCACGGUGGUCUGCAUUCCCAUUGGCUUCGCCAUCGAUUGGAUCGGCCGCAGACCCACUAUGUUGGCUCUGAUCCCGCCCUAUAUGGUCGGUUGGGUGCUGAUUCUGUUCGCCAAUAACGUGACCAUGCUGUACUUCGGUCGCUUCAUCCUGGGCGCCUGCGGCGGAGCCUUUUGCGUUACGGCUCCCAUGUAUUGUACGGAAAUUUCCACGACGGCUUUGAGAGGAACCAUUGGCGCCUUCUUUCAGCUGCUGAUCGUGUCGGGCGUGCUCUAUGGUUACCUUGUGGGCGGCUACCUGCCCCUGCUCACCAUCAACAUCCUGUGCGCCAUCCUGCCCCUGAUCUUCUUCACCGUCCACUUCUUCAUGCCCGAGUCCCCCGUCUACCUGGCCAUGAAGGGUCGCAACGAGGAUGCCGCCAAGGCGCUGCAAUGGCUGCGUGGCAAGGGCACCGACAUCGAUGACGAGCUCAAGGAGAUCCUGGAGGAGUCCCAGAAGCAGACAGAUGCGCCCAAGGUCAACAUUUUUUCUGCCCUCGGUCGGCCCAUCGUUUUGAAGGGCCUCCUCAUCGCCGUGCUCCUGCAGGUCUUCCAGCAGUGGACGGGUAUCAACGCCAUCCUCUUCUACUCCGCCUCCAUUUUCGAGGACACGGGCUCGGGCUUGACUGGCACCGAAGCCUCGAUCAUCAUCGGAGUCGUCCAGGUGGCCAGCACAUUUGUGGCCGUAGUGAUCAUCGAUAAGGCCGGUCGCCGGAUCCUGCUCCUGAUCUCCGGCAUCCUGAUGGCCGUGACCACCGCGCUGAUGGGCGUCUACUUUCAGCUGAGCGAGAGCAAUCCGGGCUCCAUGGACAACUACGGCUGGCUGCCCAUCACCAGCAUCUGCGUCUUCAUGGUCUUCUUCUCGAUCGGAUUCGGGCCGGUGCCCUGGCUGGUCAUGGCGGAGCUCUUCUCGGAGGACGUGAAGAGCGUGGCGGGAUCGAUUGCCGGUACCAGCAACUGGCUGUCGGCCUUCAUGGUCACGCUGCUCUUCCCGAUCCUCAAGGAGUCCAUUGGGCCGGGCCCCACCUUCUGGAUCUUCACCGUGAUCGCGGUGCUCGCCUUCCUCUACUCGCUGUUCUUCGUCCCGGAGACGAAGGGCAAGACGAUAAUCGAGAUCCAGCACAUGCUGUCCGGCGGAAAGGUGGACAAGAGCGAGAACAGGAGCGAGACGUGAGGAAGCCGAAGUUCCAGUGAGGAGAUCUUAGCCCUAAGGAUACCUUUUUCAUGUUCUCUUUAAGCCAAAUAAGGAAAAGUUAUGUGUAAGAUUGUGACGAUUAUAAUCAAUAAAGUGACCAUUUUUGAAAAAAA